AUGGAUAUUUGUUAUUUUCAGCCAGUAUUUGGUCAAUAUAAAAUGUUUUUCGCAGAAGUGAUAGUCCGUAAUUCGGCGAUUGCAUCUCUUGUUUACUUUCUUGCAAUGAUUCUUCCUGAACGGAGAGUCGAUCCACCCGGAAUUUAUGAGAAACCCUUCAAAGAAAUGUAUGAUUAUAUUGUUGUGGGAUCUGGUUCUGCAGGUAGUGUAGUUGCCACUCGGCUUUCGGAAGAUUGUUAUACUUCAGUUCUUCUGCUGGAAGCUGGAAUAUCAGAUUUGGACCCUGAUGACGUAACUCAAAUACCAUCUCUGUUGCCUUCCCUUAUAGGUUCAGAGAAAGAUUGGGGAUAUCGUUCUGUUCCACAAAAGUACUCCCAUCUUGCUUAUGAAAAUGAGAGAGCUUACAUAGCACAAGGCAAAGUGCUUGGAGGUUCAUCGUCGAUAAAUGCACAAGCCUUUGUUAGAGGCAGUCGUAACAACUAUGAUCAAUGGGAACACGAAGGGGCAGUCGGUUGGGGAUACGACGAUGUUCUGCCCUUCUUCAGAAAACUCGAAAAUGCUACAGAUACAUCUUACGGAGACUCAACUUUACGAGGACUUCAUGGACCUAUAGUAAUAAAAGAGAUUACUGGGAGUAUUUUACAGUCAUUUCACCAAACAGCGGCAAUGGAAAUUGGGUUUCCUACAGUAGAUUGUAAUAGUGAUGAUCCGAUAGGUUUUUGUAAAAAUCAGAUGAAUGUCAAAGACGGCAAACGUUGCAGUACAUCGACCUGUUACCUUAGGCCAGCCUUAGAUAGACGGAACUUGCAAGUCAGUUUGCGAUCUCUUGUAACAAAGAUACCAUUAAAAGUUGAUCUGCCUGUUGGACAGAAUUUGUAUGAUCACUUGCUGUUUGCUGCUCAAUAUAACAUAACUGCACCAUUGAAUAUUAACAAUAAAAAGGCUUCAGAACCAGAAAGAAUUCUUGAUUAUAUUUUCAACAGAAAAGGCAAGUAA